AUGCCUACAGAGCUGGAAGAGCUUGUAGGCUUCAUCGCCCACCCUAACCCUCAGAUACGACAAAUUGCUGUUGAGCACCUGGUUCCAUACUCAAUUGCGCAGCCAUCCAUAUUCAAAACCGAACAACAGCUGCCGAUCCGGAACCUCAAGCUUCUGAUCCGAGAUGAACCUAAAAUCGCCGAGCAUGUCAUUACAAUGCUGGUAAACCUCUCGGGGGAUAGCGAGGUCCUAGCAAACUUAGUCAAGGAUGAGAAAUUUCUCGAUGCCGUCUUUGCUCAUAUCAUAUACCCCGAGGAGCCCAAUGCAAACCUAUACGCCAUGUUAUUGGCGAACCUGGCCAAGUCCGAUGCGCUCAAGUCUGUCAUGGACCGAAAGCAAACUGCGCCCGAAACACUGGGCUCAGACAAUCGUGUAAUUAACCAGCUGUUGGAUCUCUUUGUCAAGGGUUCAGAUGGCUCUUUCAACAAGAACGCCGACUUUGACUACCUGGCCUACGUUUUCGCUGAUUUGGCCAAACACCCAGAGGUCCGGCAAUACUUCGUUCAGAAACAAGAGUAUGACGGGGUUGUCCCUAUCACGAAAUUGAAGGUCUUCACGGAGCACAAGUCAGACGUGAGGAGAAAAGGAGUAGCGAGCACCAUCAAAAACGUCGCCUUCGAUGUUCCCUCCCACCCGCUGUUCCUGUCUGAAGAUGACAUCAACAUUCUUCCAUACAUCCUGCUACCGAUUACCGGCAACGAGGAGUAUGAUGUGGAUGAUACAAUGUCGAUGCUGCCAGAUCUACAGUUACUGCCGCCCGACAAGCAGCGAGACAAGGAUCAUAACAUCAUUCAAACGCACGUCGAGACGCUAACUCUCUUGACAAGCACACGCGAGGGCCGAGAGUUAAUGCGGGAGAUCAAAGUCUACCCGAUCGUUCGCGAGACCCAUCUCCGGGUCGACGAUGAGGGCGUCAGGGAAGCCUGCGAGAGGUUAGUGCAGGUGCUAAUGAGAGACGAAGAGGAUGACGGCAACGCAGCACGUGUGAUAGAAGAAGACGAGGACGACCAGAUAGUAGAAAUAUGA